GCAGUCGGUGGGUAACACUUGACACAGUCAUAUCGUGAACGUUCAACUCUAUCCAUCAUAAAUAGCAAAAUAUUAAUUAAAAAAAAAAAUAAUAGUAAUUCAUUUAAUAAAUAAUAAAUAUAAUCUUUCAUCAGUGAAAGUAAAUUAAACAAAAAAACCAACAAAUAUUUUCGUGUAAAUAAUAAAAUUUAUUAUAAAUUAAUCAACUCGUUAAACGAUAAAUAUUUAAUUGAAAAAAUAUUAAUUUUAAUUAGCUAAAAAGUUCAUCAAUACAAUAAACUAUUUUACAAAAUAAUGUAAAAUAAUAUUUAAAUUACUUUAUAAUAAUUAAACAGCAAAAAAGAAUUGAGCUAAUAGAAAAUUUUAGAAAUUAAAUAAUUCGAAAUGACUGUCACUGAAGAAAAAUUACCAUUGGUAUUAUCUGGUCCAUCAACAUCAGCUGGUAAUCAACGAGCUUCGUAUAAUUCUGUUUCAAUACAUGAAGCAAAAAUUAAUGAUCCAAAUGAUUUACGAGAUAAUUCAGAGACUGUUUUACGAAUGGAUUCAAUUUUAUCAUCAAGAACAACAUCAAAUUCAAUUAAUCAAGGUCCUGAUAAAAUAACAUAUACAUGGAGUGAAGUUAAUGGAUAUGCAACAACAAAUAAUGGACGUACUUGGAAUAGUUUAUUUUAUCGUAAAAAACCAAUUGAACAAAAACACAUAUUAAAAGAUGUUUGUGGUGUAGCAUAUCCUGGUGAAUUAUUAGUAAUAAUGGGUUCAUCAGGAGCUGGUAAAACAACUUUAUUAAAUGCCUUGACAUUUAGAUCAAGUAGAGGUGUUACUGUAUCUGGUACAAUGGCUGCAAAUGGUAAAAGAGUUACAUCAAGUGUACUUACAUCAAGAACAGCUUAUGUACAACAAGAUGAUUUAUUUGUUGGUACAUUAACUGUACGUGAACAUUUAUUAUUUCAAGCAAUGGUUAGAAUGGAUAGACAUAUACCAUAUUUACAACGUGUCAAGAGAGUCAAUGAAGUUAUAUCUGAAUUGGCAUUGACAAAAUGUAGAGAUACUAAUAUUGGAAUACCUGGAAGAGUUAAAGGUUUAUCUGGUGGUGAAAUGAAAAGAUUAUCAUUUGCAUCUGAGGUACUUACUGAUCCACCACUGAUGUUUUGUGAUGAACCAACAUCUGGACUUGAUUCAUUUAUGGCACAUCAAGUUGUUUCUGUUCUCAAAGCUUUGGCAGCCAGAGGAAAAACAAUUAUUGUAACACUUCAUCAACCUUCAUCUGAAUUAUUUACUCUAUUUGAUAGAAUUCUUCUUAUGGCUGAAGGAAGAGUUGCAUUUAUGGGAAGUCCUGAAGAUGCUUGUGAAUUUUUUAAAAAUAUGGGAGCAGUAUGUCCAAGUAAUUACAAUCCAGCUGAUUAUUUUGUUCAAGUAUUAGCUGUUGUACCAGGUAAAGAAUCAUCAUGUAGACAUACAAUAAAUUCAGUUUGUGAUGAAUUUCAAAGAAGUGAACAAGGUAUAAAAAUAUCAAAUGAUGCUGAAAUGAUACAAGGAGAAUUUGAAGAAUCACUCAGAGAAUCAUCAAAUAAAACUGGUAAUAAUCAAACAUCAUCAUCACCUUACAAAGCAUCAUGGUGUGAACAAUUUCGUGCUGUAUUAUGGAGAUCCUGGUUGUCUGUUAUCAAAGAGCCAAUUUUAAUUAAAGUCAGGCUGCUUCAAACAUUGAUGGUGUCUUUGUUAAUUGGAUUAAUUUAUUACGGACAAAAACUUGAUCAAGAUGGUGUUAUGAAUAUCAAUGGUGCAUUAUUUAUAUUUUUAACAAAUAUGACAUUUCAAAAUGUAUUUGCUGUCAUAAGUGUAUUUUGUGCUGAAUUACCAAUAUUUUUACGUGAACAUCGUAAUGGAAUGUACAGAACAGAUAUUUAUUUUAUUUGCAAGACUCUUGCUGAGGCACCAAUAUUCAUUGCAGUACCAUUUCUUUUUACAACAAUUGUCUAUCCAAUGGUUGGUCUGUAUCCAGAUUUUAAUCAUUAUCUUGUUGCUGUUGUUGUGAUGAUUCUCAUAGCCAAUGUUGCAACAUCAUUUGGAUAUCUUAUUUCAUGCUCAAGUACAAAUAUUUCAAUGGCAUUAUCUGUUGGUCCACCUGUUAUCAUUCCAUUUUUAUUAUUUGGUGGUUUUUUUUUAAACACAGCAUCUGUUCCAUCAUAUUUUGAGUGGUUUUCUUACUUGUCAUGGUUUCGAUAUGGUAACGAGGCACUUUUAAUUAAUCAGUGGUCAGAGGUUGAAACAAUAGCUUGCACAAGAAGUAAUGCGACCUGUCCCAAGUCAGGCCACAUGGUUCUUCAAACGUAUAACUUUAAUGAGGAAGACAUGUCGAUGGAUAUCAUUGGUCUUGUUGUUUUAAUUAUUAGUUUUAGAUUUUUUGCAUUUCUCGCUCUUCUCACCAAGACAUUUCGUAGAAAUUAAUGUUUUUUUUUUUUAUCAAAGAAAAUAGUACUUUAAUAUGACACAUUGAUUCAAAAUGUAUAAAUGUUUUUUUUUUGUAAUUUUUUAUAUGUUCUUGAUUGUUGAAAUAAAUAUUGAAUAAUUAAAAUAA